AUGCGACGUCCUAUUUCUUUCACUUAUAUUAUCAUCGUAACCAUCUGUAGCUUAAUGAAUAUCAUAGCUUUGAUGCCAGCCACUAAAGCAUAUGAGGUUCUACUUAGGAAUUGGGGUGGUCAAGAUACUGAUACAUGUUGUGUUUGGCAGGAAGAUUAUCUACACAACUUCAUAACUUAUAUACCUCCAAAUGCGGAACAUAAUAAUUUAUUUUAUUGUUUCAGUUGUGGGACCUUCGAUGGUAUAGGUGAACACGGUGCGGAUUUAAGAAAUGGUAUUCUUACUUAUCAUACGUUAGAUAAUACUACAACAUACUGGGUUGAUAUGCACGUCAUUAAUGAUGGUCCGAGUUCAAAUAAAGGUGGUUAUAACAAAGAUACCUGUUUCCACGUAUUUGGUGAUCUAGGCGAAGCAACUCUUGAUGAAGCACCUUACGAUGAAUGUGAAAAAAUCAGAGAUUCAAAAUAA